CACCCGCACAGCUACCACUCCAGCCCGUCUCACGCCAACCUGCUGCCAGUCUCCACCCCCCCGGUGACAAAGGACCAGCUAAACAACGACUGCCGGGAUCAUCUGGGAGAUGCGGAAGGGGCGGGUCCAGAGAGGCUGUCUGCACCAAUCAGAGAGCAGCAGGAAGGAUGUCCCGCCCCCGCAGUGCACACACAGACUCCGCCCCCCGUCCACAGAAAGGCACACAGGAAAACCAACCGGAGGAAAACCAGCAACUCCUCGUCUUCCUCGCAGCCACACAGGCGUCCAGACCCAGACCCUGGUCCCUCUGCAAUCCCUGGUCCCUCAGUCCCUGGACCCUCUGCAGUCCCUGGUCCCUCUGCAGUCCCUGGACCCUCUGCAGUCCCUGGACCCUCUCCAGUCCCUGGUCCCUCUCCAGUCCCUGGUCCCUCUCCAGUCCCUGGUCCCUGGUUCCCCUGGCUAAUCUGGCAGAAGCAGAGGAGGGAGGUCCAGAAGGAGGAGGCGUUCUCGUCGGACCCCAGUGACUCCCUGGACCGGACCAUUGAGGAGGUGAUCCAGAUGUGUUGCCAUGGCGACACUUCCCCUCGCUGCCCGCAGGAGGAGACGGAGAGUUUCCACCUCAGCCUCCCGGUCUCCAUGGAAACCCAGAGCGAGGACUGGGACUCACCUGUACAG